UUUCUUCAUUGUGACACUUUGGUUUUUUACAGUGUGCAUCUGAACUCCUCCCACUCUGGAGGAUUAGUAAUCCACUUCUCUUCUGCCUCCAAAGCAACAACUACCUGGACUAACUAACUGGACUAAAAGCAAGAACAUUUUACAACUCUUUCCGCGUUUUUGCUCAAUUUAAAUUAGUAACACUAAUGUUUGACAAUUUUCGCUCUGAUUUUGUGUGCUUUGAAAAAACGUCAUGUCGUCAUCUAACGAAAUAAUUAUCUAAAACAUUUAUUCUUGCCAGGAAGAAAAAAAGACUGUGUUAAGGGUUCCCAGACCACUGUGGGAUGCUAACAGGCUGGUGCUACGUUGAGGCUAAAGGAGCAUGGUGAAACACCAACCCUUCCAGGUCUAUGAGAAGCAGGUGUUCGUGUCCUUUGUCACUGGCAUCUAUGGUUGCCGUUGGAAACGGUACCAGCGCUCUCAGGACGACAGCUCCAGGUGGGAAUGCUCGUGGUUUGCCCUCCUGAGCUGCUCUUUUUUUCUGCUUCUCUUUUGGGCCUACUUCUGGUUGGUGGCUCAAAAUGACUUUAAUGAGUUCAACUGGUCUGUAUAUAACCGCUCUGGAGAAUGGAGGGAUGAGACCAUCCCCAUACUGGCAUCCACCAUUGUGGGAUUCAGCUAUAUUUCAGUCUUGAUGAUCUUGGCACUUUUCCACAUAUCCUUGGGCCAACAGUUAAAUCUCUACUGGUUGCACAAGAUUGGAGUGCUGGCCACGCUGCUCACCACUAUCUCUGGUGUUGUCUCUGUUGAGGACAUAUGGGGCGAGGAGUGGGAUGUCCUGCUAGUGUCCCUGCAUUCCACAGCACCUUUCCUGCACAUUGGAGCGCUAACAACCGUCACAGCCCUCAGCUGGCUGAUAGCUGGAUAUGUGGUCCGCAGAGAAAGAUCCAAUUUCCAAAUGACGAUAUUAAUCAUCUACGCCAUCAUUCUCCUGGCCCUUUAUUUGGCACCGCUCUCAUUUUCCUGUCCCUGUAUAAUGGACAGACCCAGCCUCAAACCUCGACCAGAUGUUAUUGGCCGACGAGGGGCACCAAUGCUGGCCCCAGAAAACACCAUGGUGUCCUUCAACAGAGCCCUCCAGCACGGAGCCAUCUCCCUGGAGGCUGACGUCACUCUCAGUGUGGAUGGGGUUCCGUUUCUCAUGCGAGAUCACACCUUGAGACGAACCACGGACGUCAAGAGGGUCUUUCCAGACAGACAGCAUGACGACGCUUCGUCCUUCAACUGGACAGAUUUACGGUCCCUCAACGCAGGCCAGUGGUUUCUGGAGAGGGACCCCUACUGGACAGUAGAGACGUUGACCGGCAGGGAUCGGAGCAGAAUAGGCAACCAGACGGUUUGCAGUCUGUUGGAAAUGCUUCGUCUAGCAGUCAGAGCCAACAGCUCGGCGCUGCUUAACGUCCGCAGACCCCCACCAGGACACCCCCGCUACCGGAGCUGGUUCAUGGACACGAUGUGGGCAGUGCAAAAAGCAGGAAUUUCCCAAAAGAGGGUGAGGACUGUGACGUGGACCCCAGACACAGACAGGGGGCGGGUUCGAGGCUUUCAGCAGACGACCAAUGAGAAGCUGUCGAUAUCUGAGAUCAGGCAAAGGGGCAUCACAAGCCUGACCCUUCACUACAGCAAGGCCAGUCACAAAGAUAUACAGGAAUAUCUGGCAAACAAUGUGAGUGUGACAGUCUACCCGGUGAACAAACCAUGGUUGUACUCACUCCUGUGGUGUAGCGGGGUGCCUUCUGUGUCCUCUGAUGCCCCCCAAGUCCUCCGAAAGGUGCCUUACCCCAUCUGGCUCAUGAGUCAGAAAGCUUACAGCUUCAUCUGGAUCACAUCUGAUCUCGUCUCGCUGGCCGUGGUGAUCGGACUCUUCAGUUUUCAGAACUUUCAUAUGAUCAGGUGGAGGAUGAGCGCCAUGCACAACUGCAACCCUGAGCAGAUCAUGCUGAGCGCUGUGCCAAAUCGCUCCAGUCGGGACGUCAACAUCAUGAAGGAGAAACUCAUCGUCUCAGAAUUCAACAAUGGGCUGAGCAGUACAGAGGAGCUGUCUCUGUAUCCCGAGGACCCUUUUGCAACAUACUCUCAUGAAGGCCUCAACCGCUGAAUCCUCUUACUGCGCGAGAGGCAAAAACAUAGUGUGUAAAGGUCCAGGACUGUUGAUGGCCUUCUUUAAACGAUCACGCAGCACGCCUACAAAGAGAUCGUGCAGCGAGAGUAGUGGCUAGACAACUGGUGGCUGCUUCACCAUGACAUCAUGUCUAUGUCGACGUUCUGGCAGGGCCGGCCCGUCAACCACUCAAUUAUAGUUUUUUUUAGGGCCACUACCAGUAGGUGACCAUGGCCUGGGCUUUUGUAAAGAUUUAAAGAUGUUAUUCUUUCAAUAAAUCCGUCAGUUAUAGAAGACCACGUCAGAUGAAAUAUGUUUUGCUAUCCAAGUUCAAUAAUAAGGUUGUUUGAAUCUAAUUACGAAUGUGUAACACUACCUACACCCCUUGGAAAAAUGCCAAACAAACAUUUCACUCUUCAAGUGGUGACUUGAAAGUGAACCCAAAAGGAAUAUGCGGUAGAAAAUGGAUGGAUGGAAGUGAAUAGUGACUGGUUGUAUGAUUAUUAAAACUCAAAUUCUUGCUACUUUAUGUAACAUUUUUUGCAACUACUUUCUUCUGAAUUUGCAAAUGUAAUCCUGGAACUUUUCUGGCAGACUUUGGUUCCCCUGAUGAGCUGGUAGAAAGCAAAUAUAUGUUCCAAGGACUAAAAAUGUAUACGUCACAUAUACACAACAUUGAUGCACCAAUAAAAUUAUAGAAUUAUAAUUGUUUUAUGUUCUGUUUUUCUUUUCGUUUGACUUAUGUGUUAGUGUAUUGAUGAGUAUUAAAUGCUUAUGUAAACAUGA